GAGGGCGGGCCCCGGCCCUGUGUUUUGAACGGCGCGAUGCGGGCGGCUCACUAUUUGGCAGGAAGGUGAGGAGGCCUCUAUCCUGGCGGCGGAGAUCGCGUAGGGAGAGGGGGAUCCAAAUGUGGCAGAGGCGAGCUGGAGGCAGCGGCGGCGGAGGGGGACAAGCGAGACGAGGGGAGCGGCCGUGCCCGCCGCCGCUGCUGGCGCCGCCGCAGAGAAGCUGAGCGGCCCGGCUGGGAGGGGCUGAGCGGCAGCCCUGGCACCCCCGGGCGCCCGCUCCGCCAGCAGAGUACAGUAAUUGAGAGAGCAUCUUUUACAUUUGAAGAAGGACAAGUUGUUGAUUGAAUGGUGGAUUAAUAAGUGAUUGUCUCAUCCUAAGACUAAAAAGAAGAUCCUGGAAGUUGGAAAGAACUGGAUUUUCACCCUAGUCCAGCAGCUUUGCUGCUCACUUAAACACAGAUGAAUGAAGACCCCAUUUGGAAAAUCACCAGGUCAGCGGUCCAGAGCUGAUGCAGGUCAUGCAGGAGUGUCUGCCAGCAUGAUGAAGAAAAGAACAUCCCACAAAAAACAUAGAAACAAUGUGGGACCAAGCAAACCUAUUUCUCAGCCACGAAGAAACAUUGUAGGCUGCAGGAUACAGCACGGAUGGAAAGAAGGAAGUGGACCUGUAACACAAUGGAAGGGCACAGUUCUUGAUCAGGUUCCUGUAAAUCCCUCACUCUAUCUCAUAAAGUAUGAUGGAUUUGAUUGUGUGUAUGGACUAGAACUUCACAAAGAUGAAAGAGUUUCAGCACUUGAAGUUCUUCCAGACAGAGUUGCUUCGUCUCGAAUUAGUGAUGCCCACCUGGCAGACACAAUGAUUGGUAAAGCCGUGGAACAUAUGUUUGAGACAGAGGAUGGCUCAAAAGAUGAAUGGAGGGGGAUGGUUUUGGCUCGAGCUCCUAUUAUGAACACAUGGUUUUAUAUUACCUACGAGAAAGAUCCCGUCUUGUACAUGUACCAGCUCUUAGAUGAUUAUAAAGAAGGUGACCUUCGCAUUAUGCCUGAUUCAAAUGAUUCACCUCCUGCAGAACGGGAACCAGGUGAAGUUGUGGACAGCCUGGUAGGCAAACAAGUGGAAUAUGCCAAAGAAGAUGGCUCGAAAAGGACUGGCAUGGUCAUUCAUCAAGUUGAAGCCAAACCAUCUGUCUAUUUCAUCAAGUUUGAUGAUGAUUUCCAUAUUUAUGUCUACGAUUUGGUGAAGACAUCCUAGACAUCAUCAUGAACUUUUGCCAAAUUUGUGGAACUAUUAAAUGUAAAAUUUGUAGACACAAAGACUUGACUGCUUUCCAGUUUAACGAAAGCUUAAAUGUCCCUGCGAACCCACAAUCUCUGCCAGCAAAACUGUUUUGUUCUGAGUAAUACAAACAUGACACAUUUUGUGUAAAAGAACUCCUUUUCUUGAAGGAAGUCAGUAUGUUUGGGCAGGAGGGAGUUAAAAGCAAAGAACAGCUGCAAAUUCAAGCUGUGUAAAGUUGAUCUAGUGUUGUAAUCAUUAAUCUAAAUUUUUUCAUAGAUUUUGACUUUUUCUUCAAUCUUGCACUCACUUGUUCAACUGCCACAUGCAAGUGUAGUUUGAUAUUUUGAUACGCCUUCUUUUGUAACAUUAAAUUUAAUUUCUUGGAUACUGGCAGUCCUUGUCUUCAGGGUUGGGACAGAGGUGACUUUUCUGAAAGGUUUAAACAGUUGGUGCAGUAUCAAGGAGUGCCUAACCCAAGUAACAUCAAUCUGCUGUGUUUCUACACUUUAUUUCAAAUUUAGCUUUUUAAGAACUUGCAGUGUGUGGAAAUGCUUGUGCAUUUUUUACUAGUCACAGGGCAGUAGGAUAUCAAGUGUUGGAUUACGCACCUUUCAGUGAAAAGGCUUUAAGCUAUAAAAUUACAUUUAAUCUGUAUAACCACUUAAUUAGAAUAUGCAGGUUAAUGGCCCAUAUUUACAAGUUGUAGGAACCAGUAAAAUACAUGCAACAAGGCUGCCUUCAAUCCUAAAUGUUGUACUUCUUUCUUUGUUAUACACACUUCUUAGCAAAACCCAAGUGCUUGGUGCCACAACUCUAACAGUAUAUAUGCUAUUUCAGAAGACUUUAGACUACGCAUUGGCAUCAGUAGUCUCUCAUUUAAAAUCAAAACCUAGCAACCUGAAUGUUUGUGUGUGGACUUAGAAGCCUAACAGUAGUUAAUAUUUUACAUGAUAAAUACAAUCUUACACCAGGGGAGUGGGAGGGGAUGUCCUUUUACAGUGAAGAUGCAAUUUUAGAGAAGGAGAAGCAUUUGUUGCCUUCUGCUCAGUCUGUUGCAUUCCUUUGUUUGGUUUGCUUUUAAUAAUUUUGGUUCAAGAAGGCAUCUUCCCGGUUUAUUCAUUUUCUGGCUUUUCCACUUAAGGAGUGUCUGGAAAAAUCUACAAUUUAAACCUGUUGUUGCCUUUUGUGGUGUACAUUGUACUUGCUUUGAGGUAUGCUGUUAACAUUAAUUUCAUUCUAUGAACACUAGAGUUCUGCAUGCCAGUGGUGUACUAUCUAAUGGAAGCUAUAAGGCAGUCUCAGUGGUUCAGUCAU